AAGUCACGGGCCACGUCGUCUUCACGGCUCUCCGACACAAAAGCCCGCCACCCGCCACCCGCUUCCGCUUCUCCUCCACAUUUUUAUUUUUGUUGCUGCGCGUGCGGUGUCGGUCACAGGUCCGCUACCUUUCUUGCGAGCCUCAUCUUCAGCUGCUGUAACUUUCAGCAUCCUGCCUUCCGUCUACCAUGGGAUGCAGGCGGCGAGCGGGAGGGUGAGCACUGCAGCAGGAGGUAACAUACGGUUCGUGUCCUGGUGCAGCUGCAGGACAGCGGGAACUCCACAGCUUCCUCCCCACACCUCAGCAGCGGGGUUGCCGAGAACACCCGUCCCCUCAACCUGGUGACACCUACCCUGUAUAACAGUUCACGAAGGACUUUUGACUUGUAGCUCAUCGUCUUGUAUAUUUAAAAGAGCACGGAGGAGUGGUUUAACUAAUGUCAAAAGGAAAUAAAGUCGGGUGGUUGCAUUCCGUGUGAAGGGGAAAAAUCACAGCGGUAAGAUACUGGCAGCCUACUCACCUUAUUCAUACUGGCAGCAAAUUAUACCACGGAGUGUACCCGGCUUUUUUUGUGAACCUGUUGAUGUAAAAACAUGCUUAAUGCGAAAUGUCAACGCGUUUUUCAAGGAGAGGAGUUGGCUUAGAAAAGAACAUUACUCUUCGUGUUUUCUAUUUUCAAACUGAAGGAGGGGCGUGUCGAACGGGUGUGCUAGGUAAGAGCAGCUGUGUUGAGUUUCAUUGACUACUUCGAGAAGGACACCUGUAGUAUUUUAGAUGAAGAUGACCAGGAUCUGACUAGGUGUGUGCCGAUGACAUCAAGGUGAUCGAUUAUGUGCUGUAGUGAUCGUGUGAUCGGCUGUAGUCUUGGUGACAUCCAGGUGGUCGACUGUGUCUUCACCGCCACGCCAUAGGAAACCGGAAGCUGACUUCACAGGCGUUGAGGGUGAUAAUAACAGAGAGGACAAGUCCGUCGUCGGCGACGAACUAAUUCCGAGAUUUACCACGGGAGGCGGAGCUGCCAACCAUUCACCACGCUUGUUUGCAAACGGGUGCUCGGGACUCACCCGGGGUAGCUAUAGAUGAGGAGGACGGCCAGGAAUGGUGGGACCACGGACCAGGUACCCAGCGUGGUCACGGGACAUCCUAUGGCGCACCGUCCUGCAGUUGUUGCUGCUGCUGCCUCUGCAAGACAGUGCAGCGAGUCAAGUGGGGUGCGCGGAUGGUACCCAGGAGGGUCUGGGCGGUCACGCUCGGCUAGCGGCCUGCGCAGGGACGUGGGAGGGUCACGUGCAUAACGCCUCCACGUUAUGCGCACCUGGUUGGCGAGUGUGUUCUUGGUACGACCACACCUUGCUGCGCACCAUCACCUGGAAGAAUGCUACCUCCUUCCCAGGAUGCUUUGCCUACAACGCCGCACAAGAUGGCGGACGCUGCCGGGAAUGUAGGGACGAUCUGGAACACGAUGACGUGGCGGGGGUGGGCAAGGACUGCGCUCACCAGCACCGCGGCCAGUCCUCCUGCAUCGCCGGCGGCCGCAUCGAUGCCAGCUGCUGCGUCGACGCUCACUUCCAGCGCGCAUGCGCUUUCCAAGCUUCUCUUAUGACAGGUGUUCUCUGCUGCCGCAUGCCAGUGAAGCCGCCGGUGAUCGUUGUGAGACCCCCGGAGCGCAUGAACGUCUACACUGGUUUCAUCUUCCUCCUCAACUGCCAGGCGACCGGCACGCCCCCGCCUCGAACUCAGUGGUACAAAGACGGCCAGCAGCUGUCCAGCAACAACCUCAGAACCACCGCCCUGUCGUCAGGCGACCUGCUUGUCACCCUGGCGAGGAAGUCCGACACCGGCCUGUACACCUGUGAAGUCAUCAACGAAGAAGGCGUUGACAUGGCCAGCUCCUUUGUCAGCGUCUUGGAGUAUACGUCUGGUUGCGCAGACGACAGUACAGAGGGUUUACAUCUCUUCCGAGACAUUCACGCAUGCGCAGGACGCUGGGAAGGGCACGUGCGCAACGGCAAGGCCCUGUGUAAGCGUGGGUGGCGCGCCUGUAACCCUAAGGACAAAGACUUUCUGGAGCUGUUGACGUGGUCGGACAUCUACGACUUACCCGGAUGUUAUGCUUACAACGGCGCCAGCCGCCAUGGUCAAUGCCAAAAAUGCAAGAACGAUAAGAUGGCGGGCGUUGGGCGUAACUGUAUGUGGAUGCGCCACACCCGACCCUCCUGUUUGUCACGUGGUCGGGUGGAUGUCCUGGACCCUCGCAACGGCACAGGUUGUAAUUAUGUCGAUGGCGUUACCUCGGGGGUGCUGUGCUGCAGGCGGAAAAGCAAGAAGACAGGAAAGAACUCUGUGUGCAAGCCCGAGUGUGAAAAUGGUGGAACAUGCAUUGGUCCCAACAGAUGUCAGUGUGCCUCCGGCUACAAAGGCGCCCGGUGUCAGAAUGCCAUCUGUGAGCCGGACUGUGGCACAAAAGGCAUCUGUAUCAAGCCCAACAAGUGCAGAUGUCACCAUGGUUACAGUGGCAAACUGUGUCGACAAAAGGUCAACAAGUGCCAACAGCCAUGUCUUAAUGGCGGCCGGUGCCAGCGUGGAAAGUGUAAAUGUCCGGCAGACUACACGGGUGGAAGCUGCCAGCAUGCGACUCAUCAUGAUCUCCUCUCUAGUUUAAACAGAACAGAGAGAUAGGAGCUGUGUGGACAUAGACCUGGAGCAGCUAUGUGACUGAGGUCCCUCCUGCUGUAUAUAUAUAUACAAUGGAAGUAGCAGUACUGAUGUAACACUGCCAUUUCUUCUAGUUUGUUUGUGGUUUUACACCGUCGCUUGUGGAGAAGAGAAAGUCAGAGGACAUUGCCCACAAACAACUUUCAUAAAGACUCAACCCCUGGUUAGAAUCAUGAUGGACCAGACCUGGUUAACUGUGUUUACAUCAAACUCCUAGGAGUGAUGCUGCCACGAAUGAGCUUUUCUUGCCUGAACUUGUUGUCGGCAAGACAUUGAAUCCAUUCAAGAGGACAAUGGCUGGCAUGGACAUGAAGCUUGGAUGUGCUUGUGAUCCUCAGUCUGACAAUUACUGUGCUGAACACACAGCAAGUCUACGUAUGGUACUGAUUAGAAUCAGACAUUACAAAGACCAAUCCUUCAUUAAGCACCAGCGCCUUCUAUGACUGAGAGUUCAUGAAUGGCAGAACAGAAAUAUCAAUGAAGAUCGUGCAUACAAGACUCAGCCAAAUGCAGCUCAGAUGUGUGAGAUCUUCUGUUUAAAUGUGUUCAAACUUGGCGAUAUUAACAUUGAACAACAUUUUCUGAUCGUGUGCAGACAUGUUACACUCAGACUUGCCAGGAGUUGUCUCACCUGUAAUAUCUUGAUUUUUCCCUGGACCGUCACAGACUGUCGCUGCCAGACAUUACCCAAGCAAACUGAAGAAUUCGAACAUCGCUAAUAAAACUUUCGUUGGAGUCGUACAGGAAUGUAUAUAUAUAUACAAGAACAUAGGUAUGGUACAACAACUACAGCGUGGGGCCUGUACAACCCUUGUGAUUGUGGGAACUCUGCACGGUGUAGUUGUCUCCCGCUUCCGUUCUUGUUUCACCUGCUUGUUUGAACACACACAAAUAUUGCUACAGGUAUUGAGAGUGAAUCUUUCAAGAAUGGACUAUGUAUCUGUAUAAUGCGUCUAUGCGUGACAAUAAUAGUGUGUAUGUGUGUGUGUGUGCGCCCUCGUGGGUACUGUGUUCCUGCGUGUGCCUGUGUCAGGGCGAGGGUGAGAGAGGUAGAAUACCUUUGUCCUCAGACUCCAGUUCUGCAAAGAUCCUUUCGAAAGUGUUUAAUAUUUUGAAAUACUGGUAGUUCUUAGUUUCUAUCGAAUGUCAUUUUUAUACCUUUCCAGUGUCUACUAACACGUUUAGUCCUACGUUUAAAAAGAUCGAAAAUAUUAUCAAUACCUCGUGAGAUUUUUUGAAUCACUUAAGGGUAUUUACUGUUUAUUUGUAUAAUUGUUAAAUUCUUCUUCGAUUUCAUGCAUGAUAAACCUUAUUUAAAUCCUGUUAAGGAUAGCCUUUAGACCCUUUCGCCUUAAGUUACCGAUAGUCAGCCUUUUCAAUGAGCACAAAGGCAUAAAGAAAUUUAGGGACAUAAAUGUGGUAGUAAGGUCAUUUAAAAUUCUCCUGAGUCUACUCUGAAAUGUCUAUUGCAAUUACGAUUCACAUCUUUAAUUUUUAAAUCGCACGUUCAGUAGAUAAAUCUUGUACAUAAGCAAAUCCAGCUUUUGUUACAUUGUGUUGUUGACUGUCGAUUUGUUGGUAGAGUCUGUAUAUUGAGCUCGCUUUCUCACAAUGCGCUCUACACACUUUAUUUGCACUAGCAACGCACAAAAUUGUAUACACAAAGAAGGUUCAAUUGAUAUCACACAAAACAUCUAAAGCUAAGUCUAGUUCUACAGAGUACAGGUUAAGUACACUGCGACAUUUAGUCAAGUUAAACAAUGUAAGAGUGAGGAGCACAUAUCACCAUUAGUAUCAUUUUAUGAUGGUAAAUAAGCUCCCCUCAAGUUCUUUUUACGAAUGAAGUAAACACAGAACAGUAAAAUAAUGAAGCAUUCGUGGAACAUCAUAAACUAUUGAAGAAACGCAUUAUACAUAAUAAAAAUGUGUAUAAUUUUUUGAACUUUAUUUAUUGUAUAUGUAUCGUCAUCAACAUUUUGGGACCGUUUAAAUGUAUUCAUGUUGUAUAUUCAUGUUUCCCCUUGUUAUGACAUUUCACCUUUGCUGCGUAGUAAAAACUAUAUUUGUCCUUAUGUUGGAGAAAACAAAAACCUAAAUAAUAAAAAAGAUUUACUUUGUCAUAGGCAUUGAUGUUGUUUUAGAUGAAAAGUUUAAAUCUGAUCUGACUUUAUUACUAUCCUGCACAGUAUUUGUGACAACCUUUCUGGCUCUUUUCUCUUGUUACAAUAAGAGUAGAUAUACAGUGAUUCUGGAAAAUAAUCUUUGUAAAUUAUCCAGAAAAAUCCGUCUGUUAGAACCUUGACCAUCGGUCAAUUUGUAACAGUAGGAGUAAUGCUUUAAUCAGCUGAUACUCCUAUUAUUUAGCAAUGAAGUUUGAUGUCCAUGGAGUUUGAUAAAGGCAUCACAACCGACUGAUAUCAGAAAUUGCUGUGUAUUUACUGAAACACUCCGUCCUCUCGACAGUGGUGAGAUGGAGCAGAACAUUGUAAACAUCUUUACGCAACGACUUUAAUUAAGAUUCGAAGUCCAUUAACUCUUGGAUUCGAUAUUUCUGUCUAGUACUCAUCCUAUGAUUAUAACUCCUAGUACUGCACCGAAGUAUAAUGUUCAUAUUUUUGAAACCUUUUGGUGGGUGGGUUGUAGUUAUGUUGUGUAAUUAUUCAUUGCAGCUUUAUACUUUGUUGAUGCACAUAAACAGUGAGUUCUACAGGCUGCACUAUUAAUUAAAAAAUUAAAAAGUCAGAACAAGUCGAUGAUCUGUAAAACAUAAACAUGCACUAGAAGUAAAUGCUUUGUAUCUGGCACUGAAUGAUGCUCACACUGGAAACUGCCACAAACAGUUGUGUCCUGUCCACAUCCGUGUCAACAAAAUGACGAGCGUGGGCAUCUGUAAUACUCAACCUUUACCCUUUGAACUCUUUUUUAAAUUAUGAACAAAACUUAAUUCUGUCAAUUCUUGAGCAAUGUGUGUCAUUUCACGAAAGUGUGAAGUGGAUUCAAUGUUUGGAUGCACUGUUUCCUUCAGAAGUCUUCAUUUUUGAAAGUCAGUUUAACGGUUAAUGUCAUAACUUUGUGCAGUAAAGAUCUAGACGAAAUAAAUGUUGUAUACAUUUU